CCCAGAGUUGUAGUUGUGAGAGGAGCGGACUCAACGUCAGCUUGUAGUUGUAUGCCUCGGUAGAGGCUAAAUUAGCUGGCUAACUAGGCUCCAACUUGCUGGAUAAAUUAUCUCUGUUACCCACAUAUCGUUUGAGAGGAGUUCAUCUUCCGGUGAGAUCAUGGCAGAUUUCUCGCUGUCAGAUGCCUUAGGAGACGACUCUCCAAGCAAGGCAAAGAAAAUUGGAAACAAUAACCCGAACGCUCCUGCUGGUAACCCUCAGCCUCCUGCAAAUCCAGGCUGGCCGGGUGCAGCCCCAGGAGCUCCCACCCAGCCCUCCGCUCCGGGUGGCUUUGCUGGUGGAUCUGGCCCUGGGGCGCCGGGGCAGUUCCCGUAUCCCUCUGGUCACGGGGCACCAGGGCAAUACCCAGGACCUCCUUCAGCACCUGGUGGGUUCCCCCCUGGUCCUGGGAUACCUGGACAAUACCCAUCUGCACAAUACCCCCCUGCACCGGGAGCUCCGGGGCAGUUUCCCUCCAGCCCUGGAGCCCCUGGGCAGCACCCAGGGCAGCACCCUGGGCAGCACCCUGGGCAGUACCCUGGGCAGUUUCCUGGGCAGCACCCUGGGCAGUUUCCUGGGCAGUACCCACCUGAAGGAGCUCCAGGACAGCUACCCGGAGGCCCUGUUUCUUACCCAACUGGACCAUUUCCUUCUGGCCCCGGAGCUCCCCCUGGGCCUUAUCCAAAUGUGCCUUACCCAGGAAGUCAGCCAGGAGGAGGCAACGGGAUGUACGGACCUGGUGGUCCAGGUGCAUUCCCCCCUCCAGCUGGCCCUGGUGGUUUCCCUGCAUACCCCGCUGGAGGCUUUCCCCCCAUGCCCACUGGGUCAUGGGGACCCCCUGCAGGUGGAGGCUUCCCUCCUGCCCCUGGCCCCUUUGGUCCUGGCCCUGGGCCUAUGGGUCCGUACGGCGGCCCUGCCGCUCCAGGAGGCAUGCUGAUGGUGCCGUAUGAUCUCCCACUUCAUUCUGGAAUUAUGCCCCGACUUGUAAUCACGAUAGAGGCGGAGCCUGUUCCUGGAGCAGACAGAUUCCAAGUUGACUUCUUCAAAGGCCCAGAGGUCGUCUUUCACUUAAAUCCUCGAUUUCACGAGCAAACAGUUGUCAGAAACUCCAACCUAGGUGGCUGCUGGGGGCCGGAGGAGCGGGAUGCAUUUUUCCCCUUUGUUCCCGGACGUCGUUUUGAGCUGAAGAUCCUUGUGGAGGAGGACUCGUUUAAAGUGGCGGUGGACGGGAACCACCUGCUGGAGUACGAGCACAGAGUGGGCGGGCUGGAGGAAGUGAACCUGCUGCGAGUGACUGGAGACAUCGUCCUCUACAGCGUAGCCCCGAACAUGAUCUGAACCUCAGCUACCAGACCGCGUGCUGUACAGGAGACACCGUAUCUGAAAUCCUUUCAAAUACCUUGAUGGAGUUUUUGAGGCACAAUAGUCAGUAAAAUGCAAUCUUUGCCCACCUGGCACUUUGUCAUUUAUUACAGAACAAAUGGCAGAUUAACUCAGCACGUUAUAAUCCUUUUCUCUUUGUUUGCUGGAUGAUAUCUCUUCUUUUCUUUGCCGCUCACAAUCCAUUAACGACAUAACAGUAGUGAAUGAGAUAAAGUGCAUCUAAAACAGGCGUUUUAAGGAAAUACUAAUUCAAACCUAAUGAGAAGAGUGUAGGCCAAGUGGAACAUAUUUUCCACUAGUAUGCUGUAUUUUGUUUACAGUACGUGUAUGUUUAUUAUCCUGUCCUUCAUAUCAACAUCUUGUAAUGCAUGAGAGUGUGAUGCUGAAAAUCAACUUGGUCUCCUCUUCCCCUUCUGUCUUCAGUGCUGGCCGAUUUUCCCCCCCCCCCCCCAAGUUUCUUAAAAAGUAUUUAUAUACGGACUUUGAGUUCCUCCUCUCUUCAGUAUGAAUCCUCCUGAGCUCUGAGACUGGAGGGUGGUGUUUUACAAAUUAUGAUUUCAUGUUGAAGUCAAAUGGAAUGGUGAAAAAAUGAGGCUCAAUUUAAAGUAAAUCGUCGGAUAGGAGAGGCAUGGGAUCUCUGAUUUGUUGCCAAAGAUAACAGUGGUACAAUAUUUUCAGAUUAAAUGCUUAUGAUUAAAAGGGGACAAACAAAUAAUGACUGAUAAUGCUGUUUGAUUCAGAAUAUUGUACACCUUUCUGCCUGUGCACAUAAUAAACACUAGUUUCCCUGUU